AUGAAGAGGAUUUCAUAUUAUGAAGUACUAAAUGCUACCAAUAAAUUUGAUGGAGAGAAUCUAAUUGACAAAGGUAAUAUUGGUUCAGUGUACAAGGGAAUAUUUUCAGAUGGUAUGAUUGCUGCUAUUAAGGUUUUUAAACUAGAUUUGGAAGGUGCAAAUCGGAGUUUAGAUAAAGAGUGCCAAAUAUUGUACAACAUUCGGGACAGAAAUCUUGUCAAAGUAAUUACUAGUUGUUCUAACCUUGAUCUUAAAGCCUUGGUGUUGGAAUAUAUGCCGAAUGGAAACUUUACCAAAUGGCUGUCCUCGAGCAACUAUUUCCUGAAUAUAGCUCCAAGUGCACUGGACUAUGGGGUUAUGCUGAUGGAAACAUUUACUAAUAAGAAGCCGACAGAUGAUAAGCUUGUUGCAGAGUUCACCAUGAGGAGAUGGGUGUUUGAAUCAUUUCCAGUGCAUAUAGUGGAUGUGGAUCUAGUAAAUGCAGUCGAAGACGAUAUUCGAGCCGAAGAGAGCUUCUUCAAAUCGGUCAUGGGACUAGCUAUAGAAUGCACAGUUGAUUUGUCCGAGGAGAGGCUCAAUAUGAACUAA